CUUCGUCGGUAAAGUCUCUCCCCAUUAUAUUUCGCACUGCGAAAUUCCGCCAAUAUAUUUCUCAUUUCUCUUUACGAUCUCUCUCUCUCUCUCUCUCUCUCUCUCUCUCUCAUCCCCUGCGUUCUGGAAUUCCGUAGCGCGUUAAGUUCUCCGGCCGCAUGGCUCCGACGAGGAUUCGAUGGGUUAGCUUCGCAGCUAUUUGUUUGGUUCUGAUCGCGAUUCCUUUUCCGGCGUCGGAAGCUUUGAUCGCCGGCCAGGAUGCCAAUCCUCCUUACCCUAAAGCCAUAUCUGAUUUAAAGGAAGCAAUUGUAAAGGGGUUGGGAUUCAAGGAGGAGGAUUUCAAGAUAUCUGGAUUUGAUUGGAGAGACAUCUUAGUGGGAAGGUCGGUGGCUUAUGAGUUUGAUGUUGAGAUUGAUAAUAAAGUUCUUCCCUUGAAGCUUCUAGAGGAUGUGAAUAGAUGGGAGUAUGUGGAUUUGCCCAUUUUCCGGGUACAGGACCCUGCAAGGCCUGGAGAGGCAAAUGGACUGGUGGAGAAGCACAAAUUGGACAGUGAGAUUCCUGUGUUAGCUCCAUUCACUUUGGCAGGGCCUAUGGAACUUUGGAUCCAGGAUGCCGAGAACAUGAGGCUUUCACUUCCUCAUGAUGUGGAUGCUGGUAAAGUGAAGAAAGUGGUGUUAGCAGAUGGUGCAAUGGUCACUGUUAAGGGUGCCAGAUCUGUAAGUCUCCGACAUCCGGUUGAGCUCCCACUCCCGUUUAAUAGAUCCCAGAAUGGGUUUGCCUCUGGUUUGUUAGCUCUGGCAGAACAUCUACGUCGUGCUUCCCGCACUGAAGGUGGCCCUGUGCUGUCACUCCGCAUUGUUGGCCCAACAUCUCUCACAUCGCCCACUUCAUCAUCACCCUCUUCAGCUAAUAGGCUUAAACUUAAGCGCCUGGCACCCGGCCUAGUAGAGCUAUCGUCAGUGCCUAAAAUGAAACCCAUGGCCAUGGAUGCCAUCUCCACCAUUGAUCUCCGGAAAGAGUCCACAGCCCUCUUAACUCCCGUUCAAUUCACUACAUUGUGGCCACUCGUAUCAGUCAAUAGUUCACAUUCUAACUUGCUUGGUUUUGAGGCCUUGCUUUCAUCUGUGCUGGGUCCUAAGGCAAAUAAAAAGGGUUCUUUCAAGUUGCUGAGGGCAGAUGUAUCUGCUCAGACUUUCGUGAAGAUAGGUUUCGGAUUGGAGAAGAUGUUGAAAGAGGGGGACAAAGGGUUCAAUUGGGAGAGUUUUCCCGAGUGGAUGACGAAGCCCGAGUCUGUGAGAAUGCAUUUUGAAGUGUUGGCCAAAGUAGAUGGGGACAAAGUUGUACCUGAGAGAGUGGUGCAGGUUGAUCCUAUAACUAUAGAGAACACCAUGACACCAAAUAUGCUCUCAGGCAAUGUAAGCAUGUCUAAAGCUCCCAUUGUUCAUCCUCCUCCAAUUCCAUUCACAUUAUAAAUUCCCCAGAGGAAGUAGUUGAGAAUCCAAGCCAUAUUGUAUAGGUAAAUUUUUUUUUUUCUUUUCUUUUCUUUUUAUUUUACACUCUCUCUGGGUUUUAAUCAUGCUCUUAAAAGAGCUAAAGAGA